UAAAUGAGUCUUUAUCUUGUAUUCCGUAAAGCCUUUUUUCAGUUGCCCUAGCCACUCUUUCUAAGACGUGAGCUGGCAAAAAAGGUUCAGUUGUACGUUUCAAGUGCGUGACGAAUUACAAAUUCAGAUAUUCAGCCAUGUUCUGUAACCUUCGAGGAAAGGAGACCUUCUGGCCUAUUCAGUAAUGGGAGCAGGAGCAUCAGUUGCCAAUGAGGAAGAAAUAAGAGAAUUGGAAUCAAAUUCAAACUUUACUACUAAAGAGAUUCCAAAGCUGCUGAAGAGGUUUUCCCGUUAUGAUCCUGAAGGGAAAAAUGGUGGUAUAACCCUGAAACAGUUCUUAGAUAUACCAGAAAUAUCUACAAAUCCAGUCAUGCCCAAAGUGGCCUCUGCAUAUCUUGAAAGGAGAACCAACAGGAUAACACCUAAAUCAUUCAUCAAAAUUAUGUCCAGACUCAGUCAUCGCAAUUCUAUUCAGGACAAAAAAGAAUUUGCAUUCCAGUUACUGGACACUGAUCAAGAUGGAUACUUGUCAUACAGUGAACUGUUCAGCUUGCUUAGAAUGGUAACUGGUCCUCUUAUCACAGACGAUCACUUGUUAGGAAUGAUAUCAAGUAUUUUAAACAGGAGUGAAUUGCAGCAGACUACAAGGUUGACAUUUGAUGAAUUUACAAACAUUGUCUCUGAGGAGGAAAUAGAAAAUCUAUUCACAGUGGAAUUGCAGCUCCCUUAAUUGAUACAGGGAAAUAUCUUCCAACAAGAACGAGUGAGGUGAAACUAGGAUUCACCAAACAUUUUGCCAAUGGCAAAGGAAAAGAAAAUGGGCGCGCAGUGGAGGAAGGGAAGUUCCUUACGUGGUCGUCACCAGUCGCGUGGUAUUGCAUUCAUUCAGACAGUACGCAGGGCCUGAGGAGGAGGCUGCCUUGAGCCGAAUAAGACUAUAGAGUUCCUGUUACUGGUUUCAUGGCUGGAUGCGGAUCGAGGUGAUCCCAAAGACCGUCGAUUCCAUGUAAAACUCUCAAUCGACCAUCGACAACUCAACCGUCUAAGGAAGUUGGAAAGUGUUCGAGUUGUCGCCACUUUCUCGACCACUCCAGGAGGUCAUUAUGCUCCUGACCAAUCAGACUCAAAACUUAAACCAAUUGCUUACUAGCGUUUUUUCGCACUAUUACCGGUAUAUCAAUGUUAGUCUUAAUUAAAACGAGUUGAAAUGAAAGAGAA